AAAAUGUCUGAGCCUACUGCAGAGGACAAUGGAAAGCCGACCAGCCAAAAAGACCUUCGCAUUCCAGAAAAAGAGGCCCCAAAAGACCCCUGCUGCUCGAGUCUAAAGAUUUUCAUUGUGGCCCUCUCCUUCGCCUACUUCUCCAAAACUCUGUGUGGGACCUACAUGAAAAGCGCUAUCACUCAGAUUGAGAGGAGAUUUGACCUUUCCAGCUCUGCCGUGGGCCUCGUUGAUGGAAGUUUUGAAAUGGGUAACCUGCUCUUUCUGGCAGCGGUUAGUCAUUUUGGAGCGAGACUGCACAGGCCACGGCUCAUAGGAAUGGGCUGUUUCCUCAUGGCCAUUGGCUCAGCUCUCACUGGACUGCCACACUUUUUCAUGGGGCGGUACAAGUAUGACUCUGUAAUGCAAGGCUCUUUAAACAAGACUGUCAGUAUAUCUCCUUGUCAGUAUCCCACGGUUCCAAACAAUUAUUCAAAUACACACAUCAAGCCUUCUAAUACCACUGGAACAGACUGCGUGAAGGACCCUGGAUCUAGUAUGUGGAUCUAUGUGUUAUUGGGUAAUGCGCUCAGAGGAAUCGGAGAGACUCCAGUCACACCGCUCGGCAUAUCUUAUAUUGAUGACUUUGCAAAAGCAGAAAACUCAGCAUUUUACAUUUCAUGUCUUCAGACCAUUAUGCUGCUGGGUCCCAUGUUUGGAUUCAUACUGGGCUCCAUGUGUGCCAGACUGUAUGUGGAUAUUGGAUUUGUCAGUGUUGACAGUGUGACCAUUACUCCACAGGAUGCGCGCUGGGUCGGCGCUUGGUGGCUGGGCUUCUUCGUGUCAUCUGCCAUCUUACUACUUGCUGGUGUUCCCUUUUGGUUCCUACCCAGGUCUUUAACCAAACAAGGAGAGGAAGGGAAGGAAAACUCUACCAUGGAUCAGGGAAACAAAGAGCAACCUGUCCUCCCAACCACAAACUCAUUGAACCUGUCCGACAUUGCAAAAGGAUUCUUGCCUUCCCUGAAAAGACUACUGUGCACUCCCGCGUACUUCCUGUUGCUGUGUGGGACUGUUUUGAAGUUCAACUCUUUCAUUGGACUGCUCACCUUCAAAGCCAAAUACAUGGAGCAACAGUUUGGCCAGUCUGCGUCCAGAGCAAACUUCCUUAUUGGUGUCCUGAUCCUGCCUGUGGUUGCCGUGGGAAUAUUUUUGGGUGGUUUGUUAAUGAAAAGAUACAAGUUGAGCGUUGUGGCAGGGGCUCAGCUCUCCUUCAUCACCUCCUUCUCUGCCUUCCUUCUCCUCCUCCUCCAUUUCGGCACAAAGUGUGACAAUUUGCCUGUGGCGGGGCUCACUGUGUCCUACAAUGGGACUCCUGAUACAUCUUCUGAUGAGCGCUCCCUCGUGUCUCAGUGUAACCAGAACUGUUCCUGCUCAACGUCUGAAUGGGAUCCUGUGUGCUCUGACAGUGGCAUUACAUACGUGUCGCCCUGUUUGGCCGGAUGCACCGCCUCCACUGGACAAGGCAAAAACACGGUUUUCCAGAACUGCAGCUGUGUCUUAACCCCCUCACCAGUAGAGGGCAGCAGAUCUGUGUCUCUGGGCCAGUGUCCCCGUGGGCCAGUAUGUACCCGGAGUUUCACCUCUUACAUGGCUGUAACUGUCCUCAGCUCCUUCAUUAGCUCUCUGGGCACUACUCCUGGAUACAUGAUCACUAUACGAUGCAUUACACCUGAGCUGAAGUCACUGGCAUUGGGUAUUCAAACUCUUGUGAUGCGAACUCUAGGUGGUAUUCCUGCUCCGGUAUAUUUCGGAGCUCUCAUUGACUCAACGUGUUUAAAAUGGGGAAUGAAGAAGUGCGGUGGGCGAGGAGCCUGUCGUAUGUACGACUCAGAUAUGUACAGAGUAAUCUUCUUGAGCCUGACCACAUGUUUAAGGGGAUGCUCCUACUUCUUCAUCAUUGCUGUCAUCGUGCUGCUGCAGAAGCAGUUUAGUAAAGAAGAGGUCAAAGCAUUACAGCAAACAGCCAGCAAACAACAUGAAAUUGAACUUCAGGCCCCAGAGAAGCGCCACCAUGAUGGAUCUAAAACUGAUACCACAGAAAAUACAGAAGCAACCCUUACUGAAGGCUAGCGAUGAGCACCGCCACACCGCUAUUUAACUCUUUCAGGGAAUUCAGGAGGCAUUGCUGAGAUGGUAAUGGGUGGAGAACUACUAAUAAAUUCAGUGACCAGAACCAUAUGGAAAACAAUGUUACUCCCCAUAACACUUUUUAUUCUCUUCUACUGUAUCUGUUUCGUGAUCCAAAGUGUGUCUCUCUAUUUGAAAACAAGAAUAAAUCUCCAUUCUUUAA